AUGCACGCCGCCGCUCGCCGCCCUCGGCAAGGGGAUAAGGCCGCCGACGCCGCUCCUUCUCCCCUAUCUUCUCCUUCUCCCUGGCCCUCUCCUCCUCUUCUCUAUGCGCGCGCGGGCCCAAACCCUACCCACGGCCAGACCUCGCCGUCGCCGCUGUUGCCGGCCUCCCCAAGCUUGGUCGCCGACGCCACUCGCUCCGCCGCAUCGCCCUCUUCCUCCUCCGCCCAGAAGCGCGAGCCGGGGAUCUCCCUGUCGCUCGAAUCGCGACCUUCUUCUCCGAGUCCGGCUGCCGGCAAACGGCUUGUCGCCGGCGCCACAGGGCUCCCCCGACCUCGCCGACCACCUCCCCGCGUUGCUGGUGAGCUGGGCAUCCUCCCAAGCCCCUCUGUGCCCUCCCUCUCCCUCUGUAGCCGCCGCCCGUCGCGCGUCUGCGAGCGCCGCCCCCGGCCAUCGUCGCCGGCGCAUCUCCGGCGACCACCGGCGGCGGCGCGACCACCGGUCGGUCUGCCUCGACCGGGCGCGUCCAACGCCCCCUCCAGCGUGGCCGCGCGCGCUCCCGAGCGCCGCCUCUGCGUGGUUGCCGGCGUUGGCCGCCAGAGUUGA